ACGCUCACGUGAUACGUUUUCCCCGCCAUAUUUGUAUUACGAUAAAGAUGUCAAGUAGAGAAGUAUUUUCGAUGUCAGAUAUUAACGCUGCCGUAGAUAAGUUAGAUAAUGAUCGUGUACUAUCUCCAAGUGGCAAUAAAAAGAGAGCAGACUAUUUACAGUGGCCGGACUACUUCAUGGCAGUGGCUUUUUUGUCUGCACAAAGAAGUAAGGACCCCAGAACUCAGGUUGGUGCUUGCAUUGUUAACAAAGACAAUAAGAUUGUUGGCAUUGGUUACAAUGGGAUGCCCAAUGGCUGCAGUGAUGACAUAAUGCCUUGGGGAAAAGGAUCAGCUGACAUCCUGAACACAAAACAACUUUAUGUAUGCCAUGCAGAACUGAAUGCUGUGUUAAACAAAAAUUCUGCAGAUGUCAAAGACUGUACAAUUUACGUUGCCUUGUUUCCCUGCAAUGAGUGUGCCAAAGUGAUAAUACAGUCAGGCAUUAAGGAGGUGGUGUACUGCUGCGACAAACAUGCUGAAAAGCCUGAGUUUCGUGCAUCUCGGAAACUACUUGAUACAGUUGGCAUUUCCUGCAGACAAUAUAAACCACAGAGGAAGCAGAUUGUGAUAGACUUCUCCAUCAUAGAGACAGAUGGGACCAAUCUUAGUCCAGAAAAAACUACUGAAUAACACUGUUCUUAAGUGACCUAUCCUGUAACACAAUUUAAAGUUUGUUUAACGACACCACUAGAACAAAUUGAUUUAUCAUCAGCUAUUGGAUGUCAAAAAUUUAGUAAAUUUGGAGAGGAAUCCUGCGACCCUUAUAAUAAUAAUAAUAAUAAUAAUAUAAAAUUCUUUAUUUUCAGAGGGUAAACACAUUCAGUACAGGGUCUAAUUUUCCUACACAUAAUGAGCAUGUUAAGGGAGCUAACAACAGCUAAUAAUAAAGUAAAAUUAAAAAAUGUUUUGUGAAGGUGUCAAAUAUCAAGAGGUGAUAUUACAUUUGUUUUCAUUUCCAAUAAAAACUGUUUAGAUUUUAUUUUUAAAAAAAAACCCUUUUGGCUCAAAGGCUAAAAAGGACCAUUGAGUUAACUCCCUUGAAUAGUGACCCACUUCAUGCAAUUUUCCAACUGGCUGUAUAGGGUUUGUUUAGUACAGUGUAUACAUGGAGCUUGGAAGUGAAAUUAUGUACAUAUGAUCUCACUUUUAAUAAAUGGCCUUUCCAAUUACCUCCUCCCCUUAAAGAUGCCCACAUCUUCAGACAUCCAACACCUAUUUUACCAAUUUUAGAUUGGUGCUUAAAUAUUAAGAAAAUGUCUGCUAAAUAGAAUCCGUACAUUUUUAUGGUGCCAAAAUUAUAUACUGUAGCAUAAGGAUUAUUUUACUCUGCAUCAGUUAAAAAUGUUCUGGGGUGUCAGAAAUAUAAGAUUUUUCCUUUCCUGUAGGUUGCUUAUCUAUUUAUGAAAGGAUACCAAACACAUACUGCUGCUGUGAUUUCAAAGCCUUAUUCUGUCAGUUUUGGAAUAAAAGAAAGUGAAUCAUGGCUGACAUAACGGUAAAAUGUCAUUUCAGACGGAGUUGAUGUCAUGACUGGCGUGCUUGUUUUUUUAAAUGGCUGCUAAUUUGAGUAAUUUGCAAUAACUAAUUUGAAUAAAUAUUUACACAGA